AUGCCUGGGUGUACGCAGACUCAAGUCACAGUAUCCUUACAAGUGACCUUAACAGUGUUAUAUGCCAUCAUCUUCCCCAUCGCUCUUCUAGGGAACUCCCUCGUUUUGUAUGUGGUUUUCCAGAGACAAAGCAUGAGAAGUGUAUUAAACCUUUUGAUCGUCAAUAUGGCAAUCGCUGAUCUACUGGUGACAGUUUUUAUCAUGCCUUAUUCAGUUUCUUAUCUCUUUGUGGGCCUGCGGUGGUUUGGUGGAAUCUUUGGCUUGAUCCUCUGCAAGACGGUUCACUUCUCUUUGACUGCAUCAAUAGCGGGAUCAGUCAUCACCCUUAUCGUCAUCACUGUUGACAGAUUUGUGUCGAUCGUCUUUGUAUGGAAGCGUUGCCUCAACCUAAGAACCUCCAAGGUUGCCUUGGUUGUCAUAUGGGUUGUUUCCAUCGCCAUUAUGGGUCUGCAUCUUGAAGUGUACACCGUAAGUCAACCCUUAAUUGCAAGAGGCGAUGAUAGGUUCUAUUGCUAUCCCGAUUGGCAACGUAUGCCCAUCGACUUCAACAAAUAUUUUGCCGUCGCGAUUUUUGUUGUCUUAUACGCUACACCUCUGCUCUUAAUGGGCAUUUUAUACUCCUUUAUUGCACACAAGCUAAGGAAAGAGAGCCUCGUGGAAAGCAUUGGAAGCGGGGGUGAUGCCAAGAUCAACAAGUCCAAGAAACGCGUUAUAAAGAUGCUUAUCACGGUUACUGUAGCCUUUGCGGUCUGCUGGUUCCCUUUGCAUCUUUUACACUAUUACAUAUACUUCGAUUAUGAGACUUACACAUGUAUGUCCCAAUUAGUCAUUAUGCUAUUUUUCUGGCUUGGUCAUGCGAACAGUGCAAUAAAUCCAAUUCUUUACGUUGUUUUCAACAAGACUUUCCGUCGUGCUUUUCUGCACGCUUUGCAUAUUGAAUCUUUUCAAAGUAUUUACCUCAGGAGUUCAUUCAGGAGAUCUUCAAUCAGGAGACCUUCAACUGCAAUCACUUCAGCCAAGGACAACCCCCAACAAAAUGGAAACAAUAUUUCUGGGAUUCAUCCUUCGCCUGAUGUACCCAAAAUGCGCUCUCAGAAAAAACACGGCUAUGGCAAACUUAGGCAUCAAAGUGAGAACUCUAAAUCGAAGUCUUCUGAUUCUGGUUGCGAUGACGUAAAAUUUUGCCGCCAUUCAAUAAUAAUUGUAGCGGACCGAAUGACGACGGUAUAG